AUGAGUUUUGGGAGGGAAACAAUAAUUUUGUUGCCCGUGCUUCCUCUGUUACGAUAUUCAAACUCUCUUACACCCAGAUUGUCUCACCACCAAAUCACUUCACCGCAGCCCACCGUAUGGAGGACGUCGGCACGGCCACCACCGCCACAGCCGCAGAUCACAGACUAUGUGAAAUUUGUGGAAGAAAUUGUGAGGCUCGAACAUACUUCAUUUCCAAAUAAACCAAUUUAUCUGGUGGGCGAUUCCUUUGGGGGAUGCCUAGCACUUGCUGUCGCAGCUCGUAAUCCAACCAUUAACCUGGUAGUAAUUUUAGCCAAUCCAGCAAGUUCAUUUGGCAGGUCACAGCUGCUACCUUUGUUCCCUCUCCUGGAGGCUAUGCCCAAUGAACUUCAUAUCACAGUGCCUUACCUUCUUAGCUUUGUUAUGGGUAUAUGCUCUGUUGCUUUAAAGAAAAUUUAUUUGUAUUCCUAAUAUUUUUGUGACUUGAAUUUGACGAAAUUCAAAUUUGUUUGCUGCUUGCAAUUGUGGCAUCCUUGUUAAAUUGCCUAUGUGGAUUUGAUAAAACAAUUGAGCACUGUGAUCAUAUGUGCCUAAACUGUUUACUUGACUGAUUUCUUUCACAUCAUCUAUUCAUAAUAGUCUUGCACUUUCGCUCGUCAA